GAGAAAAAAGAGACGAAUUUAUGAAUCCUUGAAUUGAGCAGCACGCCGCCAAAGUCCACUACAGUCCACACUGUUUCUUUCUUCCUUGAAUCGCAAAUCAAUCGAAGCACCUUUUCGUCUAUGGCGGAAGAGAGUGGUGAAGAGUACCUGUUCAAGAUAGUGGUGAUCGGCGAUUCCGCUGUGGGGAAAUCGAAUUUGCUGUCGCGGUUUACUCGAGAUGAGUUCGACCACAACUCCAAGGCCACGAUCGGAGUAGAGUUCCAGACGCAGGUGCUCGAGGUCGACGGGAAGGAGGUGAAAGCGCAGGUGUGGGAUACCGCCGGCCAGGAGCGAUUCCGCGCCGUCACCUCCGCCUAUUACCGCGGCGCCGUCGGAGCUCUCGUCGUCUAUGAUAUUACUCGGAGGACUACUUUCGAUAGCGUCAAGCGUUGGCUCGAUGAGCUCAAUACUCACUGUGACACUGCAGUCACACGGAUGCUUGUGGGGAACAAGCGCGACUUGGAGAGCAUCAGAGAGGUGACAACAGAGGAGGGCACGGAGUUGGCUGAAGAAGAAGGGAUGUUCUUCAUCGAAACAUCUGCCUUGGAUUCGACUAACGUGAGCAAGGCAUUUGAGAUUGUUAUCCGUGACAUCUACGAGAAAGUGAGCAGGAAAAUCCUCAGCUCCGACUCGUAUAAAGCAGAGUUAUCUGUCAAUCGUGUUAGCCUUGAUUUAUCGAAGCAGAAAAGCUAUUUCUCAUGUUGUUCAAGUUAGGUUGAUAAGUGUGGGAAUGCCUCUUAUUUAUUUCUCUGUUGCUGUACUGGCUUAUAUGUAUCAUUUAUUUUGUCACAAAAGGAAAAUAGCAUUACUAUUUACAUAUAUAGUGUUGAUUAUUUCA